AUGGCCUUGAGUUUCCGGUACAUGCCUGACGUGAGCAAUCUUUAUGGCAAUCCUGCCAAGGCGUCGGACCAUUCUGUGGGCUACAUUCGCCAAAAUAUCAUGAGCCAUACCAUGGUAGCCAUGGAAAUCCAAACUGGCCAGGCACUUCUCAUGCUGAAUUUUUAUCUCCAUUCCUCUGACGAUGGUCAUCUGGCCAAGUUAGUCCGCACGGUAGCCUUCGCCGAGCAGCUGUGUCGUCCGUACGAGGAGAAGUCGAAGAAGACGCUCCCUGUCACUGGCGAUAUGUGGCCCAACAUUGGCAAUAUAGCCGUGGACUCCAUAGGCGUGAUCUUCCAGGAUUUGUGGGUGCGUGGAGCUGGAUUUUUUGGAAUCGUAGGAGAAGUUUGGUCCUCAGACAUAGGCACUUCUCUUGUACAUUUUGUUGGGUUUGACCAUUAG